CCAUAUUACGAUAUAUACUACCUUAACAUUCCGGUAUAUUUGCACUUACCAAGGUUGAACCUUACUAUGGACCUUACCAAGGUCGAAUAUACCAUAUUCCAGUAUAUUCGACCUUGCCGGGUCGAAUUCAUUCGAUGCUUUUAUCAUUACUUCAUUAUUGUUUCCUUUAGCAAUCAAUGUAUGCAGAACUCCACAAGACGAUUGCAGUGAAUUUUCUGCAUGUGCUAAUACAGGACCUGGAACUUACACAUGUACCUGUAAUGAAGGAUAUACUGGUGAUGGGAAAACUUGUGAAUGUAUGGCAAUAAUAAGAAUUAAAGGGGAUGGUUAUACGUUUCUUAAGCACAGUGCAAAUAAAAAACAGACGUGAUCUUCUUACUCGACAGAUCUGGUAGUAUAUUACCAUCAGAUUAUGAUAAAAUGCGUCAGUUUGUUAAAGAAAUAGGAAAAGAACUGAAAGUCGGUGAAAGAAAUGAAAAAGGGGAGGUCAUUGGACAAGCUGCCAUUGUUACCUUUAGUGAAAGGGGAGAGAAAAUAUUAACUUUAAAAGAAAGCCAAGAAGCAAAGAAAUUCUUCGAUGCAGUAACUAAUAUGCCUGGACCCUUGUUAGGCGGUAGAACAAGAACACAUCAUGGCAUAAGACUUGCAUAUUUUGAAGUUGCUAUUAAGCGUGCUGGAUAUCGAGAGGAUGAUCCCGAUGUUAAGAAAAUUUUGAUGGUUAUCACGGAUAGCAAACAAACUAAAGAAUCAUCUCGAGCAAGAGGAUACAUUUAUGUUGGAGAGGCGAUGAAGCUUUUCUUCAAUAAAAAUAUCAAUGUCUUUGCGAUUGGUGUUGGGCUGGAUAAUGAAGUUGCAAAGAACCACCUUAGAGAUAUGGUAGAAUAUCCAGAAAACGCUAUCCUUGCCUCUAACUUUAGUGAUCUCUUCCAGAGAGUUGAAGAAAUCAUGAAGAAACUUUGUCCAGUUACAGACAUUUGCGGAACAUCACAAGACGACUGUAGUCUAUUUGCUACGUGUGCUGAUACAGGACCUGGAACGUACAUGUGUGUCUGUAACGAAGGGUAUACUGGAGAUGGUAAAUCUUGUGAAGAAAUCAAUGUAUGUGGAACACCUGAGGAUGACUGCAGUGAAUUUGCUACAUGCAAAAACACAGGUCCUGGAACUUACACCUGCACCUGUAACAAAGGAUACUCAGGAGACGGGAAAAUAUGCGAUGGUAACCCAAUAUUUGGUUUUUGAAAAUUAUAAGUUCCUUAGACAUUCGUUGUUGAGUUCCGAUCUCUGGCGAUGAAUACACAGAUCUACAAUUUUUCUGGAAUGUAGAUACAUACAUACAUAGGCAUAAGAUGACAGUUAAUAACGUAUACUAUUACUAGUUAAGUAAAUAUGACUCAUGUAGGGCUGUAGCUAAUUGUUAUAAU